CCCACCCCCCUUUCUUCCAUUUUCAUUAGGUAGGGGAAAAAAAUGGCCUCCAAGGAACAUGAAUUUAGUAAAAACUAUCUGAUACUGAAGCCGCAGAACGCAAAUAUUGUGGAUUUGUUUCUCUUCUUACUUCCUUUCGGAUUCAGAAAGAGGACGAAGUUCAUCGAUUGCCCAGAGGGCAAAGAAGAUUCCUACACAAGCAGCUUCACAAAUCGAUGGCUCAUCUUCAUCUCCAUAGUGUUGCAAAUUAUCCUCCUCGCCAUCGCCACUCCGCUCGCCAAAUUAGACGCCUUUCUCCUCAACGUCUUCAACUUCAUCUCCUUCAACGGCGGCAUUCUUGGCCUUCUCUCUAGAAUUCUGAAAGGAGAGAGUUUGGUGAAGCCUGAUGAAAAUUCAGCGGAGUACACAUCGGUGGUGGGAUUUGCGGACUGGAGAAGAGAUUUGGACAAAUCCAUAAAAGCUGAGGAAAUAUUCAGAUAUUAUGGUGGCUUAACUGUAAUGGCUGCCCAAUUAUCCUAUGAAUCCAAACCAUUUGUUCUAUCAGUCGUAAAUGAUCGCUGGAAGAUGAAGUUGCUUGGUCACUUCAAUUUUUGGAAUGAUUUUCAGGGCAAAGCUACGACCCAAGCCUUUAUGUUUCAAAACACAGCCGCGGACCCAAACGUAACGGUGGUGGCAUUCAGAGGCACCUCCCCGCUCGACGCAUACGACUGGCAAGUCGACGCCGACUUCUCAUGGUACGACAUCGAAGGCGUGGGCCGCAUCCACAGCGGCUUCAUGAAAGCCCUCGGCCUCCAAAAGGCCACAGGCUGGCCCGAGGAGCUCGUUAAAUCCAAACACCAUUUCGCAUACUACACCCUCCGCCAAAAACUCAGAGACAUUGCCAAAUCCAACGACAACGCAAAAUUCAUCAUCACUGGCCACAGCUUAGGCGGAGCCCUCGCCGCCCUCUUCGUCACUGUCCUCUCACUCCACCGCGACUCCGCCGUGCUGGAGAAGCUGCAGGCCGUUUACACCUACAGUCAGCCCAGAGUUGGCGACCGGAGAUUUGCGGAGUUUAUGGUGAACACGGUUAAAAAAUAUGGCUUCAAAUAUCACAGAUACGUUUACUCUAGCGACUUGGUGCCGAGAGUUCCUUUCGAUGGCGUAAUUUUCAAGUACAAACAUUUCGGCAGAUGCAUCUACUUCAACAGCCUGUACAAAGGCAGGAUCGUAAAGGAGGAGCCAAACAAGAACUACUUCUCGCUAAUUUGGGUAAUGCCCAAGUAUUUGAAUGCAUGGUGGGAGCUGAUAAGGAGUUUCAUAGUCCCAUUAGUGAAGGGUUUUGAUUACCAUGAGAGUUUGCUAAUGAAGGGGGCAAGGGUUGUUGGCCUGUUUAUUCCAGGACUCGCCGCUCACAUCCCUACGGACUAUGUUAAUUCCAUCCGUUUGGGAAAAUUUAAUCCUCCUCCUCAGGAGUUUGAAGACAGUAUAGAAGCUGACUAGCAAAUAUGGAAAGAAUUAAGAAGAUGAAGAUUUUAAAAUAUAUAUUUCUUAAGAACAUAAUUUACGUUAUCUAUGUAGUAGUGCAUGUUUGGUGAUUGUGUAAAAAGGAAAAAAUUCGAUGAA